AUGCGGGCGAAAUUGGAAGGUGACGAGACUAAAAUGUGUUUAUACGCUUUGCAAGGUGGCAUGCUUGAUGAAGCACAUUCUAUUUUCUUCGAAAAAGUUGCGCCUAACAUGAUUAUAUCAGAUAAUUACGAAUGUCUGGGUGAACUCGGUGGUUUAUUUGAGGAGGUGAGUGAUAGAAUACCGGCAUGGGGUCCAGGAGGACAGAUUUUUACCGAUUUUCAUCAAAUUAAAAAAAGGCUGGAGGAAAUUGGAAGUGAUGAACAGGUGAAAGAAAUCAUCGAAUGGGCGCAUUCGCUUGAGUUGCGGUUGGUCGCAAUGCCCGUAACUAAUCCUUUGCAGAGACUUGCUGCAACAGUAGUUUCCAAAUACGUUUUCAAAUUAAUCUACGGCUACGAAGGUACUGAAACUGAAAAUCUACCAUUAAGUUACGAAGAUAAAUUGGAAAUCGCCAGCGAUCUGGAAAUUCUUCCGAAUUUUACCAUGGAUUGUACUGCUUCUCCAAAAUCAGUUGUAAGCUGCAACAGUAGUGGUCAAAGAUGUUCCCCUUCAUAGUUGCUUUCAGCGCACCCAAAUCUUUUCUUAAAAUAGCUGUUGUGAAUGCUUUAGCCCUCAGGGGUUCAGGAUAAGGUGGUUUAAACCCAUUUCUCCAUAUUUCCAAGUUUGGGGGUUCACUUCAAUAUGAGUUUUCUUCUGACUGUUUCUGACGAUGUUUAUGUGAAGUACUUUUUCUGAUCAUUUUUGUGGGUAAACGUUACAAAAAUAGGGUGUCUACACACUAGGCCGAACUCUGUUUUCUACAAAAAACCAUGAGAAACCGAUAUAAUUUUUUGUAUCAUUGCUAGCCCGAGUUCCUACAUUUUGCUUGUUCAGAGAGACACUGCAUUUUUUUAAGAAUUGAUCAGAAGUCAUGCUAAUCAUUGGUGCUGUGACCUAAUUUUGUUGAUCAGAACAAAAAUUAAGUCUUGCAUUUUUGAAUCACAUAUAUCCGGGAUGGAGAUAGAAACAUUUCAAAGUAAAUGUAUCCCGCUAUUAUGUUUGUUUUUCUUGUAUAGGCAUCGAGAUGUUCUAUAUGUCGAGGUCUGCAAUGCUGUUCCCCGUUUUAUUCAUCGUUAUCUUUUUUUGUAAUGACAAGUUGAAAUAUUUAGUUUACAUAUCAUCGUCCCCAUACAUUUCAGUUAGUGCACUUUGGGACUCAAAACAUCCGGUUUGUUUGUUGAUUUUUCGUCCCUUUAUUCGUCCGUUUUUGGUGUAAAUGAAUAAAGUCAGUCCAAC